AUGGCACCAUUACAUCCUCCUUUCCAAGCAAACCGAUGCGGACAUCUUCAGGUCUCCGCACUUCACUCCAUUUACUGGGAAGAAUGUGGUCUAUCCAUUGGCGUUCCUAUAAUUUACUUGCACGGUGGACCAGGAGGCGGCAUUGAUGAAAACGACAGGCGAUACUUUGAUCCCACUCACUAUCGUAGUAUCCUUUUCGACCAACGUGGCUCUGGCAAGUCUCUGCCCCAUGCUUGUCUCGAGGACAAUAACACUUGGUCGCUGGUAGCUGAUAUUGAAGCUCUUCGAUGUCAUCUCAAAAUCGAGAGAUGGAUAAUAUUUGGCGGAUCAUGGGGAUCCACUCUAGCCGUUGCGUAUGCUGAGAAGCACACUGAGCGGUGUCUCGGACUCAUCUUGCGAGGUAUCUUCAUGCUACGCCAGGAGGAAUUAGCUUGGUUCUACCAGGCCGGAGCUUCCAUGAUCUUCCCGGAUUAUUACGAGGCCUACCAGGCUGUCAUUCCUGUCGAUGAGCGGCACGACAUGAUGAGAGCCUACUACAAACGACUCACAGGAGAUGAUGAGGUGGAAAAACUGAAAUGUGCAAAUGAAUGGAGCACUUGGGAAACAACGACUAGCAAGUUGCUUUUCGAUCCAGAGUACACCACGAAGUCCCAAGAUCCAAAAUGGGCACUGGCCUUCGCGCGCAUCGAGUGUCACUUUUUUGUCAAUGCCGGCUGGUUGAAGGAGGGCCAGCUCCUACAGGAAGCCUCAAAAAUUAUUCAUCUUCCCAUUACUAUUGUACAAGGUCGGUACGAUAUGGUCUGUCCAGCGAAGACCAGCUGGGACUUCUACCAGGCUUUGGGUGGUGUCACUAACACGAACGUUGAGUAUAAAAUUAUUAGCGAUUGUGGUCACAGUGCCCAUGAGGUCGGCAUCGAAGAAGCUCUCGUAGAUGCUGUCGAGAAAUUCAAAUCACUUAAACCCUAA